AUGACCACGCCCGCAACCACCACUCCGUCUAUCCAAACCCCUCCCAUUCCCCAAGGGGCGGGCAGUGCGGCCGUACCCAGCACAGCUCCGGCCAAGGCGAGCGCUACUCAGCGGGAUGGUUCGAGCAACAUCGGAACUUUUGGCGUGAAAUCUGGUCUUGCUCAAAUGUUGAAGGGUGGUGUGAUCAUGGAUGUCGUCAACGCGGAGCAAGCCCGCAUUGCGGAGGAGGCAGGAGCGUGUGCCGUCAUGGCUCUCGAGCGAGUUCCGGCUGAUAUCAGAAGAGAAGGUGGUGUAGCUCGUAUGAGUGAUCCCGAAAUGAUCAAGCAGAUCAUCGACGCGGUGACCAUCCCUGUGAUGGCGAAGGUCCGCAUUGGACAUUUCGUCGAGGCGCAGAUUCUCCAAGCCGUCGGUGUCGACUACAUCGAUGAAUCUGAGGUGCUCACCCCCGCAGACGACGAAUUCCACAUCAAUAAGCAUGGCUACAAAGUUCCAUUCGUCUGCGGUGCCCGCGAUCUCGGUGAAGCCCUCCGUCGCAUCUCCGAGGGUGCUGCCAUGAUCCGCACGAAGGGCGAAGCUGGCACUGGAAAUGUCAUUGAGGCCGUACGCCACCAACGCGCUGUCAUGAGCCAGAUUCGCAAGGCAAGCGUCAUGAGCGAGGAGGAGCUCUAUGUUUUCGCGAAGGAGAUCCAAGCCCCUUUCCAUUUGUUGAAAGAGACGGCUAGGCUAAAGCGCCUGCCUGUUGUCAACUUUGCGGCUGGAGGCAUCGCCACUCCCGCGGACGCUGCGCUGAUGAUGCAGCUUGGGUGCGACGGAGUUUUCGUCGGCUCUGGGAUUUUCCACUCGGGAGACCCCGCCAGGCGCGCCCGUGCUAUCGUUCAAGCUGUGACCCACUACAACAACCCAAAGCUUCUGGCCGAGGUUUCCGAGGCUCUCGGACCAGCUAUGGUCGGACUGACCAUCGACAAAAACAUCGCUGGUGGUCUCCUCGCCUCCCGCGGCAAUUAA